ACUUGCCCAGUCUGCCUCGCUUGUUUUGUUUGUCACCUUCUCUUUUUAAUCCGGCGCAGUGUUUUGGGAUGGAAAAUCAUGUGAAACACUCUCCCCGUCUCGACCUGACCAUAGUUUUCAAUGUUAUAAGUGUCCUGUGAUUUUUUUACGACCGAUUAAAAGCCAGCAUUGCAUACUAAACUGGUGACUGGAAUUCAAAUCAAGGCUUGAAGAUUGGAUUUUAAACACCGAACACAAUUUUAAAGGUAUGGACUACAUCGUUCACAUCGUCAAAGCAAUGAGUUACGGUUGGCUGCUAGGUUCAAGGCCGUGGGCGUGAGUAGCAGCAGGUGUACAGCCUCAGGGCUGGAGCUUAGAGAGUUGAGGAGGCACAACUACAAGGCAUCGGUUCUUCCGAACAAGACAGCCUCGUACCUCGAACACCGCCGAACACGGAGCGGCCGGGGUAUGAACAUGGGGCAGAAGAUAUCAAAUGGAGUGAAGAGCGUUAACCGUGAAAGUCCGGCACCGUACAAGCCGGUCAUCCCAAGAGAAUUAGCCCAAGACUUUCAGAGGCCAGCAAGGCUGGAUAUUCUUUUAGAUAUGCCUCCGGCGUCGAGAGAGGUACAAAUAAAGCACGGCUGGAAUCCGGACGAUAGAUCGCUAAAUAUAUUUGUUAAGGACGAUGAUAAAUUAACAUUUCACAGACACCCAGUAGCACAGAGUACAGACUGCAUACGAGGGAAGGUCGGUUUAACAAAGGGUCUCCACGUCUGGGAGGUGCACUGGUCAACGAGACAACGGGGCACACAUGGCGUUGUCGGAGUCGCCACCCAGGAUGCACCCUUACACUCUGUAGGGUACCAGAGCCUAGUAGGUAGCAAUGACCAAUCCUGGGGCUGGGAUCUCGGCCGGAAUAAACUCUACCACGACUCGAAAAACAACACCGGCGUCACUUACCCAGCCAUCCUGAAACCAGAUGAAACCUUCAUUGUACCAGAUAAAUUUUUAGUUGUCCUCGACAUGGAUGAAGGCACUUUAUCCUUUGUUGUUGACGGUCAAUACCUUGGUGUCGCAUUCAGGGGUCUGAAAGGUCGGAAACUGUACCCAAUUGUCAGCGCAGUAUGGGGACAUUGUGAAAUUACGAUGAAAUACAUCGGCGGCCUUGAUCCGGAGCCACUUCCUUUAAUGGACCUCUGCAGGAGGGUCAUUAGGCAGAGAGUAGGCAAGCAGCAGCUCGAAGAGAAAAUUUCAGACCUGAACCUGCCACACGCGAUGAACACAUAUCUUCUAUAUAAGGAUCGCAGAUAACAAUCUGGAAACAAGAAGACACCCGACGACGCUAAUCUACCUCAACCAAUCGAGCGCAAUCAUCUUUACUGUGCGUGCGAAAACGGGCAACAGGAAGAGGGUCAAAGUGUCCGCUGAAUAUAUAUAUAUAUAAAAAUGAAACAAAAAGAGACAAUGUGUGUGACUUUUAAAACAAAAGACCUUCCUCCACGUGCUUUUUAAUUAAUUUCGUUUUACCCCCCUCGGUUUUUAUUAUUUUUUAAUAUUUUAUCUUUUUUCCAAUUUUCUGUGAGAAUCGGAGGAUGUUUAUAGUUCGGAAAAAGACGGGAGAGUGUUUAUGAAUUUUUAAUAUUAUAGGGGAAGUAAGAAGUGACAUUUUUUUUAAUUUAUUAAUUAUAUAUAUAAAUAAUGUUGAAUAAUGAAAAAAGUGACACUGUUAACUUCCAAGAGGAGCUUCCCAUUUAUAAAAAUUAAAAAGGAAAGGCCUCCGUUUUAUUUGUAUUUCGGUGGCCUUGAUUUUUUCUCGUCUGUGUGUCAUCAAGCCUGCAAUAUUAACUGCGAUCUCCUUUUCAAAAUAGUAUUUUUGUGUAUCUAAACUUAGAAAUAACAAUGCAUAUAUAUAUAUAGUAAAUAAGUUAACGAUGUAUUUGUUAAUAUUUCAAUUUUUUCUCUUUGUUGUUUUCUUUUUUUAUUUUCAUUUAUCACAAGAUCCGUUCGAGUCAAAAUUAGGAUCUCGGAGCUCCUACGGAGUUUAAAAAGAGAAAUUAAUUUUUAUGGUGUAAUUUUUGCCAUUAUUUUUCAAAAAUGUGAUUGUUUUAAAAAUUUAAUAUUUGGUGUUAAAAUUUUUUCCUUUUAAAUUUGCGAAUUUUAUGAAAUGGAUGUGUAAUUUAGUAGAAUUGCUUUCUGUAUCUUUGUAAAUUUUUGUUAUUCUUUUUCAGUAGCUCUUGGAGUUGAUGAAAUGUUUUAUUCUUGUGAUAAAUGAAAUUGCCAGAAUUUUUUUUAAAAUUGAAUUUCAAAAAAUUAAUUAUUUAAAAAAACUUUGUAUAAAACAAUGCAUAAUCGCCAUCUAGCAAUGUGGGGCCUAUACAUACACAAGAUAUCACAGUUUUCUUCAGUUUCUUUUUAUGUUAUAUCAUUAGGCUGGACUUAACUAAAGCAGCUAUACAAUCGUUUUUUCAAGGCUGGUCUAUUAGAAUAUUGAAAGUGCAAAAUUUUGUUUAAUUUGUUGUAUUUUUUGUUGUUUUAAAUUUUUGUUCAAUAAAGAGAGACUAAUUUCUAAAAGCUUUCCUUAGUUGUUUUAAUUAUAUUACAUUCAAAAGUUGUUAAACCUUUUUAAAUGCCUGUAAUUGUAUCCUCUAUUUAUUGAUAGACAAAAUUUUUAAUCCAUACAGAAGUUAAAUGGCACAAUUCAAAAAAGAAAAAAAAACUUGCAUGUUGGCGCAAUUUUCCCCAACUUGAGAUUUGAAGUAUACAUCCAAUUUAGAUUUAAAAAUCCCUAAACAAAUCAAAAUACCAAAGUAGUAUUUAUUUGCCCUCUAGCCAUACCUUUCUUCCUUUCCAAAAAAGACAAAAUUAACUGUGUCAUGUUAUUAGUUAAUAAAACAGAUAAUGCAAAAUUUUGUAUGUUUGCAUUUUUGGUGUUUUUUUAAACCAGCCAUUUAUUUUGCAUAUUUCAAAUGAAAACCAUUAACAAAAUUGUACUUAUUCUCCACUGAAACUGAAAUAAAAAAUAAGUGUGAUCCAAUUAAUAAUUAAAAAGGCAAAUUAAAAAAAAUAUAUAAACAUAUAUUUCAUUCAUACAUUUCAUCCUCACUUCAAUUUAAUUUAUGAAAAAUGUAUAAAAAGGAGAAACAUGAUUGUAAUUAGUCUUUAUUUUUCUCAAAAUAUGGGAAUUUCUAUAUGAAAAUUUAAGAAAAAAACUUGCUUGAGCUGAUAUUUUGUUUAUAUGUUUAUUGUAAAUAAGUUUGAAUGAAAGACAUACGCUCUUCUUUAAUAAUAAUUAAUUAUUAGGUACUAAUUCUUUGAGUGGAAUAGGAAUAAAGCUGCAUGCUUAUAAUUAUUGUAUGUGCGAAUAGAUUAGAGAGAUAAACAAAAUUGCAAAUAAAUAUGAAAUGUGACUGAUAAAAUAUUUGGUUACACUACCCCAAUUUAUUGUAAAAUGUAAAAAAUCUACAUCUGUAAAAUACAGGCUCUUUAUAAAUA